ACGGCGCAUGCUCCGACCGUCUACCACCAUAUCCAUCCACCAUUAUUAUUACCUCUCUGCUUCUUCCUGUUGUCUCAGUGCAGAAAAAAGAGAGGAGCAGAAAAACCACGGGAGUCGUCGGGGUUCGUCAUUUGCCAUUCCUCCUUGUGCAGUUUUUUUCCCAAGUCCUCCAUCUGUCUCCUGGGUUCCUCAUAUAUCCGCCCUGUCUCAGCUCAAGCCCUCAAAAUCUCUCUCCUCUGGUCCCCUGUCCCCUCUCUUCUAAGCCCUCCUCUCUGUACAGCUCUCUUUCUGUCUCUACACACCUGGUCUUUUGUUCAAUGGCCCAAGACCAGUCGACGCUCUUGCUGAAAAGGCAAUUAAAUGAUUUGAUGAAGAACCCCGUGGAAGGGUUUUCUGCUGGUUUAAUAGACGAUGACAUUUAUCGGUGGGAAGUUGUUAUUAUCGGACCCCCAGACACCUUAUUUGAAGAGGGCCUGUUUAAAGCACAUUUGGUUUUUCCUAAAGAAUACCCUUUGAGGCCUCCAAAGAUGACAUUUAAAUCAGAAAUAUGGCAUCCAAACAUUGACAAAGAAGGUAAUGUCUGCAUCUCAAUCUUACACGAACCUGGAGAGGACAAAUUUGGUUACGAGAAGGCUUCCGAACGCUGGUUACCUGUACACACUGUAGAGACCAUCUUAGUCAGUGUUAUAUCGAUGUUAGCGGACCCCAACGAUGAAUCCCCAGCUAAUGUAGAAGCAGCGAAAAUGUGGCGAGAGCAACCAGACGAAUUCAAGAGAACUGUCAGCAAGUGUGUAAGGAAGAGUCAAGAGGAUUUUAAUGACUAAGCAGAUUUUCUAAUUGAUUCAUUUUAAUUAAAAAUAAGAAGCAGGAUGGCACCAACGGCACCCAGUACCCGCAGGGGAAAACGUACAACCAACAA